CCGUCUCUCCCCCGCAAUGGCCUCGAUCUUCUCCGCAAACCCGCUGCGCGGCACGUGGCGCUACCUGCAACGCUCGGCACACGAGCAGCCCGUCGUCUUCUACAGCCUGCUCAUCGGCGCCGCCGGCCCCGUCGCUGUCGUCGCCGUGCCGCCGAUCCGGCGCGCAUACGGCUGGCAGCCGACCGAACGCAUCCCCACCACAUACCCACUGCCGCAGCGGGAGCGCGAGGCGAUCAGCCAGUUCGAUGAUGAGGAGGAGUAGACAGACGCGCUGCGAAGGGACUCUGGCAGCUCGCAGCCGGGCAGCCGGUAGAUAAUGGGACAGGUUCAUAAGAAGAGGCAGGCAGGCAGGCACGCCGGCAAAGUCGUAGAGCGCAGACGUGCCAGCAGGAGGGGAGUGGCAGGUUUGGAUGUGCGGAGGCUUUCGGUCAGCCGAGAGCGGGCAAGCGGGCCGUGGCUGCGGCAGACGGCCGGGCAAUGCAGACGAGCGGGAUCUUCCCGAGCAGAUCCCGCCGCAUUGACAGCGGGUCGGCAUUCGUGGCGUUCACCACAGCGCCAGGCUAUGGACAAAGCGCCGCGGAGGUCACGGGGAUUGGGUCCACAACAGGAACAUCACGAAGGCAGGAU